AUGAUGCUAAAAUCUGGCAUAACAAAGAAAGCACGCGCAUACAAAAAGGAAACAGUGUCUCUGAAAAGAGCGCCUCCAUGUAAAGCUCGCACAAGCAGCGCUGUAUGGAUGGGGGCUUGGGCGGCUUCAAUAUGCAUGGUGUAUGCUCUUGGCGCAAAAGGCUCUGGUGAGAGCUGUUCUGCAGGCAGUGCAACGCCCUACGCAGCAGAAUUCUGUGAAAGCACACAGCCUGGCGUUUAUGAAAGCGCGCGCCCAGGAGAAGCUGCCAAAGCACCGAGUGCAGACUGGCAGAAGAAGGCGCUUCCUGUGUUGUCCUGCGAGUUUUUAGACGAGUUCUUUGCUCCAAUGAAAGUGUUAGACUGCACGCUUGAGGCUGUUGACGCGCCGAUUGGCCCCGAUCUUGAGAAAUACCUUGAUGUUUUAGUAGAAAAAAGAAAAGGCCCAUGCAGGCGCCCUGCUAAGGAGGCGCUGCCAGAGGAAUAUUCUGAGAAGCGUGCAAAAUGGCAGAACAACGCACAGACAAAUGAGCAGAUCGGCGAAGCGCAGACUAUGGCUUUCUUAUGCAAUAAGAUAGAAGAAGGAUGUAUUGUCCAGGCCGAGCAAGAUGCGCAAGCCUGGAGCACCGCAGCAAAUUCCUGUGCGCAGGAAGCGGGCCCAUCGAGCUCGAGUGCGUGUUCAAGCGCUAAAGCCGCCUCCGCUGUGGACGACUGGUUCAGCCACGCUGCGUUCUACAUAGAGACCCCGAUGGAGCUCCAGGCAGAUGCGCUGGGCGGAGGCAGAGAAUUCCAGAACAGCAGCUCGAGCGCCUGCAGGGCCAACCGCCCCUUGAGUUUUUACACGCAUCCAAGCAACCUCUUGUUUCUUAAGUCGCCCAAGAGGGAGCCCGGCAUAAAACCAAAUGAAAUCGUUUUUCUGCGGAAUUUAGAGCAAAAGAUUAAAAGCUCAGCGCCCGAAAGCGUAUGGAGUGUGGUGGAUGCAUGCUUAGAGUAUUCAGGGCAGAGCCUGCGCGCGCUUUUUCUUUUCAGGGCUUUUCAUGAGCUCUCGCCUGCUCUGGAAAACAUCCGAGGAUACUACCCGGGGUUUUAUGAAGACGCGAAGCAAUACAUGAAGAAAACCAAAAACAAAGAGCUUUCAGCGAUGCAUGGCGGCGUCUGUGGCGAUUUCUACGGGUUUGGAAUCAGCCUGGGCGACAUCUUUGCCCAAAGCGCCGUGCACACAGAAGACAUAGAAGACCUCAAGCUGGCUGUGCAAGCCUCUGCAGGCCGUUCUUUUCAGGGAUACUGCUCGGUUCUUGGGAUACCUGAGGUGCUGGACGACUUUUCCCACGUUGACGAAAAGACUUUCAUGGAAACGCUGAAGUGCAUCCGCGUGCACCAGAAAGCAAAAAAUAAGAAAGUGCUUAUAAAAACCGCCGUAAAGAUACUGAAGUACAUACGUGCGCAAGCGAACGAGUGUCUGGCCAUGCAAAGCUGCAAAAGGGCCUGCAUCGGCAUUUGGCACGCGUCUGAAAUAGAAACGGCGCAGAAAAAUGACCUUGCGUUUGCAGAGAGCAUGUACGAGGAGGCCUACAGCGCGCUUUUGCUUUUCUACAAAUACUGCCCAUGGCAAUACAAGGACAGCAGAAGAGGUGUGGGCAGAGUGGCCAAUCGGAGGUUUCUGGGCAAGAGUGCGGUGAGGCCCCAGAAGUAUGUUUCGAUGCGCGUCUCUUUCUGUGCCUCUGCCGGCCAGAUUACGCCACUAUUGACUGCGUGUGCCCCCAUUGAUCGCCACUAUGUGGCCAUAGAAGACCCAAAAACGCACCAGCACCUCCACUUUGUGAACAAUCACCUCCAGGCGUACACCACUGUGUGCACUCCUGUGUACAUGGCUGGCGGCGUCGACGCGUGCAUGCAUUCUAUCGGCGAUUCUAUUUUGCACCUUGAGUCCCUGGGCCUGGGCAAGAAAGACACAAUAUAUCCGCUGAUAUUCGAAAAAGGAAAGCGCGUGUGGCGCAUGGCAAAGGCCAGUGAUAUGCAGAAAACAGCGCAGCAACUUUUUGAAACGGGGCACGUUGUGGUGUUUUACAAUAUUCCGGAAAAGCUGAAGGACAACUACUUUACCCUUGCAACGUUUGAAGGCCAGGAGGAGCAUGCCGACGACUUAAGCCUGCCGCUGUUUCUGUCGCCCUUCCUUCGGAGCGCGCUGCUUUUGUCUCCGUACACCGAGAAGGACCGCGUGCCCCAUCGUGUAGUCUCCGUAGACAGCCUGCGCGCAGGCGGCGUGGAGCCGUGUGUGUACACGUACAGUGAAGCCUGUGUCCGGGAGGGGUUUGCGCAAAGCACGGACGGGCAAAAGUGGGCAAAGAGCAUGUACAGCGGCUUGCGCGUAGGCAUGCCGAAAUGCAAUCUCAAGUGCCGGGUGAUGUGCACUGAAUUAGAUAUAUUGGGCGCGGGCCGCGGCAGACUGCUCUGGAGCAGCAAAAGCCAGGAGUCUAUGGAGGGGUACUCACACUAUGCCCUCAAAGGCACGGAUAGCACCCUCGACGCGGUGGAAAACCACAACAGAAUUGUAGAGCGCAUUAAGGAAAUACAGGCGCACUAUGCCUGUAGGAGCGAGGGCGUGGUUGGGUCUGUGUUCUGCCGCGGCGCGCAGCAGAAGAUGGGCCACAUAGCAAAGGAGAAGGCCGCCGAAUACCGCUUAGAGUCUAACAAGGACAAGCUGUAUCUCCCUGGAGAGUGCUACAUGGCCAUUCGGCGCAUAGGGCGGUUCAAGCCGGAGCUGAGUAUACACAACUACCUGCUAUGGUUUCUUUUCAGAAAGCCAGAUGAGUCGCUUGCGCCUUAG